AUGCGGAUAACCAAGCGGAAAUGCCUGCGCGCAGGCAUCGUGGGUGAUCUUGCCGUCCUGAACGGCCUCGUGUACGUCGAAACCCACCCCAAGCACAAUGGCCAGAUCCACGGCCUUCCUCUCGAAAAGCCCGUUGGCCUUCGAGAUGACCGCAGCCUGGGGCUUGACACUCCAUCAUCCCUUGGCGGCGCCGUCUUCGGUCCCGGCGUGUCGGUUUGCCAAACACCCCGGGAGCAGCUCUUUACAUCCCUGCCUUACUCCUGUCGUGACAGAUAUGCUUCCCAAAAGUCGCUGACCGGUGUAACAUGCCGCAUCGGAAUUGGCGUGGUUGCACCACGCUUCAACGCAGACACAUGCAUGAGGCGUUGA